AUGCUCUCGUCGUUUGCCAGAUCAGCAGGGGAUUUUUCAGAUGGCUGUGUCACCUCUCCCUCCGCCGGCCCAGCUCUUGCGUUGGCGGCUUAUGGUAUACCACUGGCUCCUGUCCGUCUCCCCCGUCCCCUGCCUCCAUCGUGGCGAAACUCCUCCUCUUCGCCCAGGGAGAUUCCUUCCGAUGUAUCUGAGCCGGACGGGAUAAAUUCACUCCCAUUCGGUGAGGUGUCAAAAGCAGCUUCACCCCCAUUGGCUGGCUCCAGUGUCCGUUCAGGGCGGUCGUGUCGCUCCCGCCACGUGCCCGUUCUCUCGAUUGCCGCCUCUCCUCCUAGCAGCGGGGCUCUUGCCCUUCCGGUGGUCCCACGUCCGCCCCUCCCCCCGGCCACAGCACCGCGAUCUCCCUGGUCCCCUCGUGCUCCUCGUCCCCCGCCUCGGGCUGCUCGACCCGCGGAUCGUCCCCCGCCCUGUGCCGCCUGUGGCCCUCUUCCCGUCGGGAUCCACGGGCCGUUAAACGGUACGUGGGGUGGGCCUCGGGGCUGUCCCCAGGUCGCGGCGCCAAUGUCGGUCGAUGCGCUUGCUCUGGUCGCGGCGGCGCUGGCACAAGCCAGCCCCGGAGGGGUCCCGGGCGACCAGGCGCCAGCCCUGAUCCAAGCCGCGUCGGUGCUGGUCGGGCGCGGAUCCGCGCACCCGCUCCGCGAGCAUCAUUCCCGUCGCCGUGGGUCUCAUGUGCCGACGUUCCAGACUCCUCCAGGUCGCGCUCGGGCCUCUCUAAGGCCUCGUCAACAGCAGGCGUUUCGGCGCACCCAGCGCCGAUCUCAGCGUCGGCCUCAGCGACAGCCAAACCUAGCUCCUCACCACGGGUCGCGUCCGGAGGCGCCACAUCCGCCGCCGAGCCCAUCCCCGCCGGUUGGGCCGCCGCCGGCUCCACCUCAGCUACCACAUCCUCCUGCCUCUCCAUCACCCGCCCCUGUCGACCCAGAUCUUGUCUCGUCUCAGUCGCACGGUGGGGCUGCAACGUCGGGCAUUCCGCAGCACGGGGCCUACCCGUGGGAGUCGCUACCGCCGGAUGCACUCGAGGCUCCCCCCCCUGGCACCCCCCAGCACCGCUGGAGCUUAUGGGACGAGUCCCCUCCUGCUGAAAGGGCUCUCCGCGUCGAGCAGCGCGUGUCGAACGUGGGGACGUGCCUGACACUGGUUGUGGAUGUGCUGGACCAACUUGGCGCUUAUCAGCGCCGGACGCGUCAUCCUGGGGCUCUUCCCCCGAUGCUGUCAGGGCAGGAACAGACGGUGGCUGUGGCGUCGGCGGUGCAGAUUUUGCAGAUGCUGCCCGAGAUCGGGUUUGUGCCCGGCUCUCCCGGGUCUGCUUUGGGGCCUGGUCCCGCAGCGCUGAGGCGGCUCGUGCUUGCCGCUUUGCAGGCACCACUCGACAUUGUACCAGCUGUCGCAUCCGUGUUACGCUGGAUGGACGGGCGGCUUUCUUGGAUCCUUGCCGAGUAG